AUGUCGGAGGAGCAGUUCGGCAGGGACGGGGCAGCGGCAGCAGCAACAAUGGCGGCGGUAGGCAGCUCAGUGGGUGAACAGGAGGGAGACAUGGUGGUGGCGGCGCAGGGGGCAGCAGCGGCGGCGGGAAGCGGAGCCGGGACCAGGGGCGGAACCGUGGCCGGAGGCACCGAAGGAGGCAGCGCCGAGUCGGAGGGGGUGAAGAUCGAUGCCAGUAAGAACGAGGAGGAUGAAGACCAUUCAAAAUCCUCCCCACGACACUCUGAAGCAGCGACGGCACAGCGGGAAGAAUGGAAAAUGUUUAUAGGAGGCCUUAGCUGGGACACUACAAAGAAAGACCUGAAGGACUACUUCUCCAAAUUUGGUGAAGUCGUAGACUGCACUCUGAAGUUAUAUCCUAUCACAGGGCGAUCAAGGGGUUUUGGCAUUGUGCUAUUUAAAGAGUCGGCGAGUGUAGAUAAGGUCAUGGAUCAGAAAGAACAUAAAUUGAAUGGGAAGGUGAUUGAUCCUAAGAGGGCCAAAGCCAUGAAAACAAAAGAGCCUGUUAAAAAAAUUUUUGUUGGUGGCCUUUCUCCAGAUACACCUGAAGAGAAAAUAAGGGAGUACUUUGGUGGUUUUGGUGAAGUUGAAUCCAUAGAGCUCCCCAUGGACAACAAGACCAAUAAGAGGUGUGGAUUCUGCUUUAUUACCUUUAAGGAAGAGGAACAAGUGAAGAGGAUAAGAAAAUACCACAAUGUUGGUCUUAGUAAAUGUGAAAUAAAAGUAGCUAUGUCGAAGGAACAGUAUCAGCAACAGCAACAGUGGGGAUCUAGAGGAGGAUUUGCAGGAAGAGCUCGUGGAAGAGGUGGUGACCAGCAGAGUGGUUAUGGGAAAGUAUCCAGGCAAGGUGGUCAUCAAAAUAGCUACAAACCAUACUAAAUUAUUCCAUUUGCAACUUAUCCCCAACAGGUGGUGAAGCAGUAUUUUCCAAAUUGAAGAUUCAUUUGAAGGUGACUCCUGCCACCUGCUAAUAGCAGUUCAAACUAAAUUUUUUGUAUCAAGUCCCUGAAUGGAAGUUUGACGUUGGGACCCU